UCAAAUGUGGAAGUGUGGCUGUUUGCUGAGACUGUCACCCCCUGUGAUGGAUAUAAUAUUUUGCAGAAAUAGGAAGGAACAACUGGAACCCGUGAGGGCCAAAGUCACAUGCAAGAUUCCAGCAUGGCUGCAGGGAACCCUGCUUCGCGUCGGGCCUGGGAUGCACACAGUGGGGAAGACCGGAUACAACCAUUGGUUUGAUGGCCUGGCCUUGCUCCACAGCUUCAUGAUUGGAGAUGGUGAAGUCUAUUACCAAAGCAAGUACAUGAGAAGUGACACCUAUAAUGUCAGCACUGGGGCGAACAGGAUCAUGAUGCUGGAGUUUGGAACAAUGGCCUAUCUGGACCUCUGCAAAAACAUAUGUUCUAAAGCUUUCUUCUACUUGUCUCAUGCCAUCCCAGACUUCACAGAUAACCGCCUGAUUAACAUCAUGAAGUGUGUAGAAGACUUCUGUGCGACCACAGAGACCAAUUACAUCAGGAAAAUCAACCCACAGACUCUGGGAACCCUGGAGAAGGUGGAUUAUCAUAAAUACAUGGCCGUGAAUCUGGCAACAUCACAUCCUCAUUAUGAUGAGACCAGAAACCUUUUCAACAUGGGCACGUCCAUUAUGGACAAGGGGAAGACAAAAAUCGUGGCAUUUAAGAUCCCUGCUACAGUACCAGGGGACAAGAAGGUGGGGAAGAACCCCCUGAAGCACACAGAAGUUUUCUGCUCCAUCCUCUCCCACUUCCUCCUCUCACUGAGCUACCUCCACAGCUUUGGAGUAACCGUGAACUACAUCAUUUUCCUUGAGCAGCUGUUCAAGUUGGAUAUCCUCAAGAUGACAGCUGUGUACAUGCAGGGAGCCAGCUCUUCCUGCCUGGCUUUCCACAGGGAAGAUAAGACGUACAUCCAUAUUGUGGACCAGAGGACCAGAAAGCCUGUUCUGACCAGGUUUUACACUGACACCAUGGUUGUCUUUCACCACGUCAACACCUAUGAAGAGGAUGGCUGCAUUCUGUUUGACAUCAUAGCCUAUGAAGACAACAGCCCCUACCAACUCUUCUACUUGGUGAACCUGAACCAGGACUUUGAGAAGAACUCUAGGCUCACCUCCACCCCCACGGUCAGGAGGUUCACCGUGCCCUUCCAUGUGGACAAGAAUGCAGAAAUCAGCACAGAUUUAAUCAAGCUGGACUCUACAACAGCAACAGCCCCGAAGGAAAAGGAUGACCAAGUCUACUGCCACCUGGAAUUGCUUUAUGAAGGCUUGGAAUUACCUCGGAUUAAUUAUGCUCACAAUGGGAAGCCAUACCGAUACAUCUUUGCUGUGGAAGUUCAGUGGAGUCCAAUCCCGACCAAGAUACUAAAGUAUGACCUCACCAAGUCGUCCUUAAAAUGGGGAGAGGAGCACUGCUGGCCGGCAGAGCUGUUCAUGCCCACACCAGGCACCCGGGAGGAGAUGACGGAAUUACCUUAUCAGCCAUUGUCUACUGAUUCCCCAAAACCACAUUUUCUGCUUAUCCUAGAUGCCAGAAGUUUCACAGAAUUGGCUCACAUAGCCGUCGAUAUGGAAAUGCACCUGAAUCUGCAUGGUCUAUUCAUUCCAGACACAGACUAGAAAGUGAGAAAGCAGAGGCCUUCCCAGGAACAGCAAGACAGGGCUUCAGACUUAGGUGAUGCCACAGACCUGAGGUAGCUGAGGCUUGUCACCUGGUAUGCAUCCCUCGACUGGCAACAUCCUGUGGGACUCUAAACUUGAUACCUUUCUUGGGCGGAGGGGUGGUCCAUUGUUUCAUUUGUACUUUUUCUUUCUGUGGGUACUUUCAGACAAGGGCGUGAGAGAUAGAGCUUGUCCAUAUCUUUUCUUUCAUUUUCUUUUUAGUCAUGAAAAAACUUGUUUGAAAGUCAAUCAAAUAUUGAUUAACUCCAAGCACUUCGAAGAAAGCCCCUUUUCUUUAUUACAAAGGCCUCCACUAUGAAUCAGAUACUAUAUUAAAUCACUAUUAUCAUCAUUCUUAGAAUGAACAAACACCUUUGAGAGAAGAGACAGAUAAAUAUUUAUCAUUGCUCCUUCUUCCCUAUUUCUCCUUCCUUCCCUCCCUCCUUUCCUUCCUUCAAAUGGACUAAACAGGGCAUCUGUGAAUUCUAGUUUUCCCAGCCAUGCCUUUUUAGAAAGUUAUGUGGCCAGGAAGGCAUGUUGCAUUGUGAUCAUUCUGUGCAAGACAUGGUAUAAUGCAAAUAAUAAAAACUUUAAAGUAAAAAAAAAAAAUUCCAUGUAUAAUAUUUACCAUUAGCAGAGGUGGGGACAGU